AAAGUAAUUUCAGAUAAAACACAGGAGAAUAUUGUCAUUUCGGAGACUACACUCACCGCAAGAACUGAAGAGAGCCAUCACCACACCACAGCGGUUCAAGUCGGCAGCCGAGAAACCGAUGGAAAAUAUAUAGAAAUCUGAUUGAUCAAAUUCAUUAUCCCGUACAACCGACUCAUCAAGGUUUCAAUUUACAAAUGGAAGCGCUCGAGAAGUCCGAAGAAACUGUUUCCAAGAAUAGUCAACGACUAGCAGGAACAGUCAACUGGGGAACCGCCACUGUGAUCGGAGUGUUCGCAGGGAUGUUGUACGGUGGCAGCAAGGAAGCAUCUGCUUCAGUGAGCAAGGAUGCAGAAGUGAUGUUAAAGCUUGGAAGCACGACAGAUAAGCGUGAGCAAUAUCGGUUGAUGAGAGAUGCAAUGGAGAAAAGGUUUAUUCGAGUAACUCGUGGCUCUAUUGUUGGUGGAGUGCGCCUUGGAAUGUUCACAGCUGCAUUUUGUGGUUUACAAAAUCUGCUUGCUGAGAAACGGGGCGUGCAUGAUGUCUUCAAUGUUGUUGGUGCUGGUUCAGCUACUGCAGCUACAUUUGGGUUAAUUAUGCCGGGCUCACUACUUUGGCGUGCAAGGAAUGUGGCACUUGGAUCAGCUUUGGGAGCAGCAAUUUGUUUCCCUCUUGGUUGGGUUCAGUUGAAGUUGGUAGAGAAAGCAAAUGAGGGGAGUAUGGCUGCUUACCAUAAUUCAGGUGGAGGGGAAGCAAAGAGCGGUGUUGGUGCUGCCAUUGACCGGCUUGAAGAAAACUUGAGUAAGUAGAAUAAAGCCUUCUGAUUUUAGGUGGGGAGAUAAAAAUUCGGGAGAAGGAAGCCAAUGGACUGCCCAAAACAGGAUGUGACGCUUUU